AUGUCAGACAGCGACAGCAGCGCCGACUGCAGCUCCGACUGCGAUCGCGACUCUGUGAGCGUCCAGAGCGAAGGCACACCCUACGGCACAGCGGCAACCGAAUACUCGACAGCAUGGGCUUGUUCAUGGAGCGAUCCCCAGCUGGGCAUAUUGACCGAAAAAGACCUGCAGCUUCUCAGCCAUGUGAAUUGCUCUUACCUGUCCUCAGGCAGGCCGCCGACGCUGUUGGCAUUGAAGCAGCACGCCCAGGCCCUCGCAAAUCUCAUCAAGAAGAUAUGCGUCAGCGACACGUUCGGCGUCAUCGAUGGAAGAGGAGACCGACAACCUGCCUUUCAAAAGAACGAAGCGUUUGACUGGCUCAACAAUCUCGACGAGGUAUACACCAACGACGACGAAAAUCAUCACCUACCGCUGGAAGCCCUGGCAAAUCACAUUGAGCAUCAAGACGAAGAGACUGGGAUCCAAUGCCAUUGCCCUCUCAAAGUUGCGCGCAACUAUGGGCCCCUGGAUCCCGGAGAAAGCACACGUCGACCGUACAGCAGCCAUCACAAUCUCGUCAUGCAUGCAAACGCUUGUCUCGAGAUCCUGGACCACGAAUACAGUGCGACAGGAGGCCUGCUUUCGCUGCUCCCCUCUGGCAACGAAGAUGACUGCGAGCAGAUGGCGGGCGUGCGGAAUACGGUGCUCGGACAGUGGCUGCUCCAUCAACAACACCUGGUUGCGCGCAUGCACGAGCUCGAGAUCAAUUACGCCAACGCCCUCGAUCUUCUCAAAGGAGAAGCCGUUGUGCCUAUGCAGAUGCUUGGGCAGUUCGGCCCAGAAGGACGAGCCAAGGGACGCGAGGUGGUCUAUCCGCAGGACCGCUUUGUGCUCGUCAACGCAGGAGAGGAUGUCUUUGGCCUGCUGCACCGCCUGAUGGACAAGGCAGAGUCCGAGAUCCAAGCCAAGGAGCAGACCUGGUGGGAGUCUGGAGUCAGCGGCGAGAGGAUGUGGGCAAACACGAAAGGCGGCGACUGGUACUCCCGAGGCCUGGUGCCUAUCGACAUGAUGACGCGGUUCGUGCGUCUCAAGGACCAGGGCGGGAGAUCGACCAUGUUUGUGAUGCCGGCAAUCGAACACCAUCCGGGCACGGCUCAAACUCGCAAGAUGGAGAAGCGACCAACAGUGGUCUCCGUAGUGGCACCGUCGUGGCCGGAGCGGGCGUCAGACCUGGAGCAGCGUGUCAAGGCUCAUCUCGACGAGGCGAAAGAGCUCGCAAAAGACAAGACGGAGAUGGAGGCGCAGAUGGCAACCCUUUUGGCGGAGCUGCGCAAGACCAAGCACGAGGUCAAGUUCUAUGAGGGCACCUCAGAAGGACAGACAAGGGACGCGGUACUCGGCGAGAUGGAAACGAUGAGGCGGCAGAUGGAGAGGCUGAGAGAGGCGCUGCCGAAGGAGUAUCACCACCUGCUGCAGGCUGAGGAGGGAGUGCAGAAUAGGUGA